AUACGUGUACAAUAAGUAGCAGACGUUCGGAAUCCGUCAAAGCAGAAACAUUACCUUUUUAUCGUGUCAUGAAAAAAUUUCUUAUUGCUCUAAUAGAAAGCUCGGUUCUUCAACUUUGAUUAUUAUGUUCUUCCUCUUCCAUCGAUAAGAAAAAAAGAAGAUACACUAAGCUGUGCCUUGAGAGAGAAAGUCGUUGGAAAAAAGAACGACGUACACGUUGUACACGCGAGUUUUCAGUUAUUUUUUCUCAUGAGUGCUGAGUAUUGUGAAUAGAAAGAAUAGCGACGUUUUCAAAGCACACAGAGAAAGAGAGAGAGAGAGAGAGAGAGAGAGAGAGAGAGAGAGAGAGAGGGAGGAGAGAGAGAACGAUGGCAAUGAUCGGAAGGAGCGGACGAUUUGUAGUUCAAAGGCUAUUACCGUGACCGGAUGUUCGCAACUAACUCUCUCGUUGUUGGAUCCACCUCUGACUUUGCUCGUGAAGCUAACACGCUCAAUUUAGAUUGACUAUGAACGACUGUCAGUAAAAGGAACGUCACAGUGCUCUCAUGUAUACCUACGAGAAGAAUUUUCAUCAGAGAUCAGCUUAUAAAAAUUCUUCAAACUGGACCAAUAUGGAUCUUCAGAAGAACAUUUUUAUUUGUCAUCGUACGUCGCAAGAAAAUAAGAGAAAACAAAUAAUUCGACCGAUUUGAAUGGAUUUAUGAGCAUACGCAUAUAUGUACAUACAUGUAUACUUUACGCCUACGAUAAACGUCGUAUUUCUUCGGAAACUUUGAAUGAGAACGAACAAUGAAUCAUUCUACGAAAACUUUGUUGAUAGAUCAGAUAGAAAGAGUUGUGAUUAUUAACGAAGUCAUUCCUUGACCGGUUUUUGACUCAGAUGGUUGUUUCUUUAUCUACUCGCAAAGAAAAGAAAAAGACAAAGAGACAAAAAGAAGGAGUUAUUGAGUGAGGAGACAAACAAGGAGGACAAACGUCCUUUAAAGGAGGAAAUACACAGAAGAAUAACACAGAUUCCUUACGAUUGUCAUUCGCUUUCUUCGAAGUCUAGUACAGCGGACUCUUCUCCUCUUCGUUAUUCGCUUUUCUUUUCUUUAUAAAGUGGGAUCUAUGAAGACGAACGCUUGUAUGUGUGAGAAAGAGAAAGAGAGAGAGAGAGAGAGAAAAAAAAAGAUAGAAAGAGAGGGAGAGAGAAAGAGAGAGAAAGAGAGAGGGAUAGACGAGGAGAGAGCCAGCUGCUUCGAUAAUAAAAAGCGUUGAGCCGAUUAAAGGGUAACGUCAGUCGAUGUUGUUCCUUCCUCCCUCUUGUAUUGAUCAUUGAUGUGAAAUUCGCAUAAGUUCAUUCGUUUUCGUGCACGGGAUUUAUUUAUUUCUCUUUGAAGAAUUUUAAAAAUAGUCGACAUAGGUCAUGCCAGUGAAAGAGUGGUUCAGAAAGCUACAGCCUGUACAGCUGUACUUGGUGGUAUUCUUCACUGUGGCAUUCUUUAUCAUUGAGAUGGUAGCCAGUCAUGUUACACACUCGUUAACUUUACUUCUCAACGCCUAUCAUAUGCUUUGUAACAUCAUUGCAACCCUCGGCUGUCUCGUUUCGAUCAAGUAUGCUCCUCGUGAAAGUUACAGAAGUGUUUACAAUAGUACGAGCAGUUCUCUUGGGGAUUCAGUGAUUUGUUUGGACGGCCAGGAACAUGGUUCGAAUACUUCUUUAUCGACGAAGACAAAGCAAUCACGAUCGGACAGGAGAAUGAAGAAUAGUUUUGGAUGGGCUAGGAUCGAUAUCCUAACAAUGCUGAUUUGUUGCAUUCUCUUAGCUUCCUUCUGUUUCUCUCUCGUAGUCGAGGCGUUACAAACGUUGGUCCAUAUAGAUCAUCUCGAUGAGAUGCAUCAUCCGAUGGCUGUACUCUGCAUCGGGGUAGCCGGUAUUUUUCUCAACAUUUUUUGUUACAUUCUCAUUGGUGGAUUUACAUUUAAUCAGGGAAUAUUGUUGCAUGUCACCAAUAAUGGGGACGUCAUAUUUAGAAGGGAUAUAAAAUCACAACCAGAAACGGAAGGGGAACAACGAUUAGCAGCACAAACUAGAAGUUCUUUAGUUGUCCCAAGGAGUCAAGGAUUUCGAAGGAUAUGCCGUGACGUUCUCGGUUGCAUUUUUGUCAUGCUUGUAUCGAUAUUAGUGUACUUCACUGAUUCAGACGUAGCCAAAUAUUUAGAUCCCGUUUUUGCCAUUAUUUCAUCAAUAUCACUUUUAGUUCUGAGCUAUCCGUACAUGAAGGAAUCUGGUUUGAUACUACUACAAACCAUUCCAAAUCAUAUUAACAUCGAUUCCCUGAAAAAAGAACUACUCGAAGCUUUUCCAGGCAUUGUCAAUGUUCAUGACUUUCAUGUCUGGCAAUUAACAUCGCAAAAGAUUAUAUUAACAGUGCACAUAAUAUUUUUAGAUCCGAUGGUUUAUGCCAGUAUCAUUGAUCAAAUAACAGCGUUUUUUAUCGAAAUGGGUAUAACGCAAGUCACUAUACAGCCAGAAUUUCAUAAGAUGAAGCCGACAACGGAUAAAACUGAUUGUUUGAUUCGUUGUCACGGUGAACUGUGUAGUUUGUCGCAGUGUUGUACGAGAGAAAAGCUUGGACAAAAAUCACCUUCCGAAGAGUCAUUGAAACACGUACACGUGAUCAAUAAGAAGUUUGAGAAAAAGGAGAUCAUACCUGCUUCACCGAUGAUAGAUUUAAAAAAAUUUGUGAUACACGACGACGAGAGCCCAAAAUUGGCAUCUCCUACGACGAGUGGACUAAACAAUAGUGAGCCAUGCCAAUCAAAUGAUGAACAAGUACAAAACAAAAAAGAUAAUGUUGACGACAAAAGUUCCUAUUCGGUAAGCGUGGUCGUUAAUGAUCAAAAACUUGUUGCUAACGACUUGAGUCACGAUACCGUACCGUAAGUUUAUCCUUUUCUCGAUCGAGAAUUGUUACGUGGCUUGCAUUAUUUUUUCCUUUUUUUUUGGAAGAAUCUUCCAACGAUAAGACUGUAUUUUAGUAUUAAGUAUUUUUAAUUGUGCAUAGAUAAAAAAAUCCUAUCGAUUUUCUAUCGAUUCAAACGUAAAAAUAGAAAAAGAAGAAACAAAAUAGAUGGAGACAGAACGAAAAUUAAUUUACGUCGGAUUUUUAUAGUUUAUAUUGUUAUAGUUUAUAGUUAGUAUUAGAGAUAGGAAUAUUUUAUAAAUAUAGUACAAACGAUUAAUUUUUCACUUACAAUCUUAACGUACGAAUUUAUGUUAAUUGUUUUUUUUUUAUUUUUGACUAAUUCAAGUGAGGAAAUUCGACUAAAAGACUUAUUGUAGCUUGACAAAUUGUAAAUUGAAAUAAAUGUUUGUUAAAAAGUCAAA